AUGGCUACCGCUGAAAAGGCUUUACCGUUUUCACCAUCAAUUAGAGGUAAUUUUGAAAGUGAUGGGUUUUCGGUCGAUAACGAGUUGGUCAAUGCCAUAAAUUACACACCUUUUCCUGCAUCGUCAGAGGUUUCUGAUAAAGGGUUGCAUACCCCUACUCCUCCAAGUGACCAGCAGAUGGAUACCACAUCGGAUCUGAUGUCGUUUGUCCUACCAACAAAUAAAAACCAGUCUUUGAAAAGGAAACAAAUCAGAGCAGAUUUUGAUGAAGGACGACUGUCUGCUAUUGCACAAGAAGCCCGAAAACGAGAACAGGAGCGCUUGAAGCGUCUUAAAGAACUUCAAGAAAAUCCGGCGAAUUCUGAAGAGGCCCAUUCUUUUUCGGCUGGUGUUUCUAGCCAGUUAGUUUCAGCCUCAAGUUCGGUGCAGAAAGUCCCAGAAGUGGAUGUUAUUGAACUCAGUAGUGAUGAAGAAGUGAAAGAAGUUACUGUUACUGGUUUUCGUCUAGGCGGAUUUUCCGGAAGGUUUGGAAAGAUAACUGAAAAUCAAAUGGAAGUUCUCCAGCGACAAGAAAGAAGACGAUUGAGGAAACGUCGUAUGUCAGGGGAUCUUGAAAGUACAGAGCUUUGUGAAGGUCGUCUGUUAGUCAACGCAGGCAAGCCUCCACAAGAUCCAAAUAUUUAUGUCCCUUCUCAUCUGACAUCCGUAUUGCAACCGCAUCAGCUUGGAGGCAUCCGUUUUAUGUUUGAUAAUGUAAUUGAAAGUAUCUCUGCAUUUCCGUCUUCACCAGGCUUUGGCUGCAUCCUUGCUCACAGUAUGGGCUUGGGGAAAACGAUUCAGGUAAUUGCUUUCACAGAUAUUUUUUACCGGGCUACUGGAGCGAAAAAGAUUUUGAUAAUUGUUCCCGUAAAUACAAUACAGAAUUGGUGGAAUGAGUACGAUAAGUGGCUUCCGGAACGCACUGUAGAAGGAUAUCCGAUUCGGCCUUUUAAGGUUUAUUUACUUGGUGAUUCUGUGAAAACAAUCAAAGAACGGAGUGAUAUGAUACAACAGUGGCAUAGAGGAGGUGGGGUUUUAUUAAUUGGAUAUGAUAUGUUUCGUGUGCUCGUACAACCAAACCCUACAAAAAGGAAGUCGAUGAAGAAAAAGUCGAAGGAGGAGGUUGUUGAUCUCGAGAAAGAGGAGCUGGAUGCUUCUCUUCAUUUGGAGGGAGGGGGGAGGAGAGGCAGAGUUAGAUUUGAGGGCGAGAAUGAGGUUGACAGGAUGGUUUUAUGGUCUCUAGCUGAGGAUUUUACAGGGAUUAAACGUGCUUUGUUGAGUCCAGGACCUGAUCUAGUCGUCUGUGACGAAGGUCAUCGAAUAAAAAAUGAGAAAGCUGGAAUAGCUGCUGCUUUAUCUGCUGUUGAAACAAAGCGGCGUAUAGUCUUAACGGGAUACCCAUUGCAAAAUAAUUUAAUGGAAUAUUUUUGCAUGGUGGAUUUCGUGCGACCGUUUUAUUUAGGGUCGAAAAAAGACUUUAGCAUAAUGUUCGAGAAGCCAAUUAAAAAUGGCCUUUGUAUUGACUCGACACCGGCUGAUAUAAAGCUUGCGAGGCAGAGAACUCAUGUUCUUAUAGAGCUUCUAAAAGGAUUUGUUCAAAGACGCACUCAUCAUUUAUUGAAGAAAAUUCUUCCUCCAUCUUCUGAAUUUGUCUUGCUUCUUCGCAAAAGUCCUAUUCAGCGUUUGUUAUAUCGGAACUUCCUGCAGUUUGCAAGUUCAGAAAUAAGUGAAGGUUCCGGGACAUCUACAUACAAUCCCUUGAAAGCAUUUGCCGCAUGUUCAAAGAUUUGGAAUCACCCGGAUGUUUUACACAACGUUUUGGAGAAGUUGACAGAAGAUUGUAUAGGGUCCAAGUCUGGUCUUGAUAAUAAUACCCAUUCUAAUUACUUGGACGCACAACAGCAAUACGUAGCAACUUCGCAGGGUUGUGUUCAAUUUCCAACUACCUCACAAUACGCGAUGUAUGGGGCUGGGUCUUCAGAGUUUGAUGCUCUUAACUGUAAUGGAUCAGUGGGACAGCAAGUGGAUAAUUUUUAUUCGAACUGUCAGUCAUAUUCAUCUGUUCCUCAAACUUUUCAUCACCAGUUCAUUAGUUAUGAUAAUAGUACAAUCCCAUCGGGGACUGGCGGUUCAUCAGAAAUUUCUUACUACAACCAAUACCAUGACCCUUCUCUGCCGUUUUCAGCAAACCUUUCACUGCCUCCAGCACUUUUAAACAGCUCUGUUUCGCAAUAUGGGGUUGAUCCGAGUGAUGGGAAAGGUGAAGAGUUUCGCAAAGGUCUACGUGCUCGAACCAAUACCACAAUUGCUAAAGCUAUAAUGGAAGAGAUGGGUCUUAAUAGCGAUGUCAAGUAUGAAUGGGCUGAGUUGGCUAUGCAGUCUUAUCGGCCUGGAAUUAUCGAGAAUGGUUACAAGAUGGUUAUUGCAUUUUCUAUCAUAAAACAGGCCGCCAGAAGUUUUGAAAAAGUUCUUUUAUUUAGCCAGAGCUUGCUCACGUUAGACUUGAUCGAGACUUAUUUGCUUAAAUUGGGUACGGUUCAAACUUCAGAAGGGGUAUAUCAAUGGCAAAAAAAUGCAACGUUUUAUCGAUUUGACGGGUCGACUCCAGCCACUGAACGAGAAAGGCUUAUCAAUCGUUUUAAUGAGGAUCCAUUAGCUUUCUUAUUUCUCAUUUCUACACGAGCAGGCUCGUUAGGGAUUAAUUUGGUUUCUGCGAACCGCGUAAUACUGUUUGAUGCUUCUUGGAACCCAUGUCACGAUGCACAGGCGGUUUGUAGAAUUUACCGAUACGGUCAAAGGAAACGAACAUUUAUUUAUCGACUUAUUGUAGAUAACAGCAUGGAGAAAGCUAUCUUCAAUCGGCAGAUUGGAAAAAGCGGCUUACAGCAAAGAGUAGUGGAUGAUAAGCAGAUGGAUGUGGAUGUCACAAAGAGGGAGUUAGAACAAUUGCUCGUUUAUGAUGAAGCUUUUGAUGUGAUGGAGCAAGAACUCGACAUAAAAAGUUUUCAUUGCGAAGAUCCUGUACUGUGGGUGACAGUGAUGAGCCAUCAUCGUUUGUUUUCUCAGCUUCCGUUUUUACAUGAGUCUUUAUUAUUGGAGCGCGAAGAAGGUUUGAGUGAAGAAGAAAAAUUGGAAGCACAGAUGUUGUAUGAGAAGGAGAAAAACUGUUAUAAAGGAGUCGAUUUUGAAAGAGAUUUCAAGACGAGUAAGUGGGUACGAGAGCGUGAGUCAAUCGAGCCGACGUUUUUGGAUCUGGAAAAAUCAUCGUAUCAAGCUGCGCUGCUUCCUCGAACCACCCCGAUCAGACCUACCCCGUUGCCGAUGAGUUUAGAAAGAAUUUCUAGUGAUAAGUUUCCACUGUCCCAACUUCACGACAUUUCACCGUCCUCGAUUGAAGUUGUUACUGACAGAGAAAUGAUACUCCCGUGUUUGAGCGAACAUGGUGUGAAAAAAGUUUUGAAGCCACAGCGUUGUCGUUUGAUUCGUUCGUUUUCGGGUGUUUUCUUGAGAACGAUGGAUGGACGGUUGUUCGAUGCAAGAAAUCAACCGCUUAAGCAUUUGCAAGCUUUACCACGGGAGCAAGUCUCAGUUGUCAGGAAGGAUCCUCCUGAGGAAGAAGUAAUUUGUCUUAGUGACUCAGAUUGA